UACGGAGCCGCGGGGUGAGGCCCGGGCUAACGUGCGAGAGCAGCGCCUUUAGCUGCGCUCGUUUGUAAGUAUCCAAAUAAUCCGGCGAAGACACCGCAGGAGUCGCGGAAGGGGCCGUGAGCAGCCCGCGACUUUCUUAAUUGUAUUAGCAGUGCAAUGGAAAAGAAAAAUGUUGAUAUAUCCCCAAAGAAACCAUCUUUGUCUGAAAUAUUCAAAACACAAUACAGUGAAUCAGACCUAGGACCAAUAAGUCUCAAUUGGUUUGAAGAACUCAGUUCAGAAGCUCCACCUUAUGAUGUGAAAAAAACAGAAGACCCCUUACACAAAGCUAUGGAUCAAAAUACUUUCAAAACCCCAAAAGGGAAGUUGUCUAUAAAUAACUCAUCGGUAUCAACUCCCAUGAUUUUUAAAGACCAGAAUAAAAAUGUAAAAACAUUUACUUCUCCUAUAGAAAAAUCAGCUCAGUCCAGUGAAGAAACAGGUAAAACUUUCAGUGAAAUGCCUAGACCGGGGACACAAGUGGAUGAAUCAAAUGAAGGAAUGAAUCUUUCUAGUUCCUGUGUUAUUACAAGAUCGGUUGUACAAGAAAAACAAAAUAAUAAAUAUGUACUAAGUGAAAGUUUAUUACAAACACCCAAGAUUUUUGAGGUUCAGACACAGAAAUGCAUUUCUGAAAGCUUGGGAGUAGAAGCAGAUCCUGAUAUGUCUUGGACAAGUUCUUUAGCAACACCUCCUACACUUUCUCCAACUGUCAUAAUAGAUAAUGAAGACAGAAGAAAUGAUUCAGUUUCUGGAACAAAGAUCCAUAAUGAAAUAAUUGAUACUAUCAUGUAUGGUUUUUUUUCCAAACAUGGGAAAAGUCUCAAGAGCAAUAUUAUUAAUAGGCAAUCUUCAUCAGGAAUUGAAAUUGCAUGUGCAGAAAUGGACAGCAAAAUUCACAAUCUUGAAAGUUUGUUAAAUGAAUCUUUUGAUAAGAAUCCAUAUCCUGUUGAGCUACAUGGAUACCAAAAGCCAUCAAAUGUACCAAUGGAUGAAGAUAAUCAUGGUGGAACAAAUGAUUUUUCUCUGAACAUUGCCAGCAGCAGAGUUUUUCUUAAAAAAAUUAACUCAGUUGAGAAUAAAAAAGUUCUUUUUUAUGAAAAGAAUCAUGGUGAACUUGAAGGAGGACAUGAAAUGAUUAAGGCUUCUAAUGGAAGAAAAUGUGAAAGAAAGUUAAAAUCUUCUAAAUGUAACCUGAAUACAAAUGUCCCAACAAUACAGAAUGCAGUGAGCGGAAAGGAGAAUAUGCCAUCAUCUUUGCUUUGUCCAUGGUCUCAGUUGGACUUGUCUGGUCUUGAAAUAACGCAGCUUGAAAAAAGGUUCAUGAAGAGCAUUAGUUCAUCUUCUACCUUACAGGUCAAGAAAACUUCUCCGGAUAGUCCAUCAUCUAUUGAAAAAAAAUGCAGUAGUCCUAAAAUAUUAAAAUCAAAUAUGUUAAACACACCAUGUCUAAUACAAGGUAGUAAGAUGAAUUCUCCAGAAAAGUUAUCCGUUUCCAAAAACUCACAUUUAUUGACUAAUUUUUCAGAGAAUAAUUAUUUCUUAAAGAGCAGAACUUUAACAGAAUCCUCAGAAAUCCAAAGUAUUCAUUCUGAUUUGUCAAGGAAGGAUAAAAGUUCUCCAGGCCAUCUAGAUAAUAUUUCAAAUCAAACUUCUAGUGAUGGCAGACAAAACACAAAAUCAAGCUUGAAAAAUAUCAGCUCACUUUCCAGUUUGAAAAGGCGGCCCAAAAAAUUCAUUUAUGCUCUAAACAAUUCUCUAGUUCAGCGGGAAGAAGGAACCACCCAGAGAGAUGGAUCUCUUACUUGUUUUGUGCCAGUAUGUACAACUUUAGAAACCAGUAUCUCUGAACUUUCUGAAAUCCUAAUCAAGAAUGAAGGUACAAUAUUUAUAUUCCUUUGUGUAUUAAUUUCUACAACUUAUAUAAAUAAAAGUUGUGGCUUCUCAGUUGAUAUCCUGAAAAAAUACUUUAGUACAAUAUUAUACUACAGAAGUUUAGAAUAUAUUUAUAUUGAUAUUUUAACUCACAUCCCUGUUGUAAUUCAACUUCUUACAGGACAAAUUGAAACUGCUGAUAAUCAUUCCACAAAAGAAAGAAAGCAAAUAGAUUCUGAAAAAUGCUAUACAUCUCCUAACAUGUUAUAUGAAACUACAGGUAGUAAAAAGUCAAAUAUUGAACAUAACACUACUGAUAGUUCAGCAAUACUUCUAAAAAAUAAUAUGAAGAAAGAAGCUGUAAUGUUUUCCAGAGAUAUUGCUGCUAAUUAUCAAACACAGAUAACUGAAAAAGGAUUCCAUGAAAUCUGUCAUAGCAAUACUUGUGUGGAUAGAAAGACUGGUUUUGCAAAUUAUAGUUCAUCACAAGAAGCAUUUAUUAAAGAAUGUACAUUGCCGAUGCAAGUAUCAGAAACAGAAAAUAAACAAGAAACCUUGGAAUUAACUGCACAAUUUUUGGACAGUGGUAUUCAUUCAACGAAAGCAUCAAAAUCUAAAACUAUGGUAUUGGAGAAAGAAAUGGAUACAAAACUGUCUCCCUUACUAAGUUUAAAAGGUGUGCCUGGUGAUAAGCAAAGAGAGUUAGGAUGUCUUUGUCAUAGGAAAAUCCAGAAAUUCAAAGGUUUUAAGACUGCAUCUGAUAAACAGAUAGUGCUAUCUGCUGAUAAAAUCAGAAAAGGUAAAUUACUUUUCAAGGAUGUAGAAGAUCAACUUCUUGAAGACGUUCAGAAUGAAGAAAAAGGUGCUAUUUCAAGUCAAAAUAAACAAGAAAAUACUGAGCAUUUUUCAGUUGGACAAAAUGAGCUAAAUUUACAUGUUUCUGAUUCUGUGGUAAACUCUAUUCACUCAGAUGAUAUGAAAAUUGGUUUUCCUGAAUAUGGCAAUAAAUCUAUUCAAAAUGUACUUAAAAAUCAGCACCCUAAAGAAAAACCCAAUUUAACAGUAAGCCAAAUAGCUGAAAUUACUGAACUUUCUAAUAUAUUGGAAGAAACAGACAGUCAAUUUGAAUUUACCCAGUUUAGAAAACACAAGACUAUGAUGUACAAUAACACUAACAAGACUAGAUGUUUUGAUAAAAAAAAAAAAAAUUCUAAGAAUUGGAAAGAUACGGGAUUUGUGGAUGAUCCAGGUGAUAAUCAUUCUUCUUUUAAGCAUAUAGAUACUGGGGAAUAUAAUACUGACAGACAAAGCAAUGAGAAAUCAAACAGAAAAGAAAACAAAUGUUUUGUUCCAAUUAUUUCAGAUCCUUUACAGUCUGAUAUGGAAAAUCAUAAUUCAGGUAAAAACAAAGAUGAGAUUACAAGAAGAGGUACAGAAUUAGCCAGAAAUAUGAAUGGAAUGGGUGAAAUAUUGAACUCCUAUAAAAUAAAAACGGAUGGUUCAAACAAAUGCAAUAGUUGGCAUAUGCCUAUGAAAGAAAUAGAUAUUGAUUGGCCUCAGAAAGCCAAAAAAGGAAAUGCUAAAUAUAUAAUACAAGAUACCACAAAAGAUACAACAAUUGCUUUCGUAAAAGAAGAUAUGGGAAAUAAGUUAAAAGAUGUGGACUGCCAAAAAGAUAGUGUUGUCCAGAUUACUAGCACUACAGAAGUAAACUUGAAAAUUAUUCAAAAAUAUUCUGUACAUGUAUCAGAAAAUGAAUUGUCAUCCACUAAAAAUCAAAAUGCUUUACCUAUAUAUCAUUUUGUAAAUUGUGGGAAAACUUGCUGUAACAAUAAUUGCCCAGAAACUUUGUCUGAUCUAACAUGUUUAGUUGAAGUUGCUAAAACUGAAAAAAAUAAUAUUUGGAAUGAUGCAGGUGCAAGAAAAAGCUUUAUUUCAGAACAAGAGGAAAAAGUAAGUAAUCCAGAAAAACAAUAUUUUCUACAGAGCAUUCACGCUGUUACUGAUGGGAGCAUAUUUGCAGAAAAAAGUAAGAGGCUUAAUUUGUUGACAGGGUCUGAUAUACGGGAAGAGAUAAAUAAUAUGUCAUAUUGCAAAAGGAAGAUAAAUGUUAGACAUAACGAAAUUAUCCCUUCUGUGAAAGAGAGUACAGAAUUCAAUCAGACUGAAAUAUUUUUUGGGUGCAACCAUAAGAAUGUCUCUGAAAACAGGGAAAAGCAAACUAGUGGUUUUCAUACAGCCAGUGGUAAGCAAAUUACAUUUACUGACAGAUCUUUACUUAAAGCAAGGCAUCUUCUUUCAGAAGAAGAUCUCUUUUUUGGAAAUAUGAACAAUAUUGGUGAUCUUAUAAAACCUAGUGUUGAAGAUUCAGUUGAAAAGAAUUUUAAAUUUGGAGGAGGAGCUGAGAAAUGUAGAGAAAUUGGAUAUUCUAAAAAUAAUUUUGAAGAUUCUUUGGGUGUGCUGUCAAACAAGGUUAAACAGGGUUUCAAGAAUGGACUAAUCUUUAAAGGACUGACCUUGAAUAUAAAUGCAUCUGAAUAUUUUAAUGGAGGGGAAAAAAUCAGUAUUUUGAAAGAAACAUGUAAAAAUCAAGAUUGGAUGACAUCAAAAUGUGAUUUACAUUUACUGGAUACUGGCACCUUACAGAAAUAUCCAACUAAUGAAGAGAGAACCUCAAUUUCAAAACAAUUGAAAGUUACACCAGCUGCAUUCAGUUUCAAAACAGCAAGUGGUAAAACUGUUAAAGUUUCUCCACAAGCAUUAAAAAAUGCCCAACUAUCUCUUCAUAAAAAUUACAGUAAUUUGGACUCUCACUCUGAAACAAAUAAAUGUAAUAUGUUAGGAAGUUCUUUGGAUGCUUUUGGCAGUAAAAACUGCAUUACUUCUGGUUACUUGAAUGUAGAGAAGAUGCCGAUGGGAUAUUUGGAUGUAUCCCAGUUUCCUAUAACCAAAGAAUUAUGUAGAACUGCCCAAACUUUACCAUGUGCUAAACCCAUGUUGGUAGACACACACUCUGAAUCAAAUUGUGAAACUACAGAUGAAAGUUUUGAAAUGGGCAAAUGUUUUAAAACCUGGGUUUCCAUCAAAAGGAACUGCAUAUCAGAUUUUUCUACUGAUAAAUGUAUGCUUUUUAGCACAGCAAGUGGUAAGCCUGUUCAGUUAUCUAAAGAAUCGCUGAAUAAAGCAAGACAACUUUUUUCUGAAAUUGAACCUAAUUUAUCAGGUCACCAGAAUUUUGUUUCAGAUGACAAUUUCAGCUGUAAUGGGAUACAUUCAGUGAAGAACAUGAAUGCAUCUGAGUCAGAUGUUAAUGCAGAAACUAAUGUCAACAUAUCUGGAAAAACCUGUAAAAAUGAAAAUUGGAUGACACCAAAUUGUAGCUUGCAUUUUUUAGAUAUUAGCACCUUAGAGAAAUCCUCAACUAAUGGAGAAAAAGACACCUCUUCAAAACAGUUGAAAGCUAGCCCAGUUACAUUCAAUUUUAGAACAGCAAGUGGUAAAACUGUUAAUGUUUCUCAGGAAGCAUUAAAAAAUGCCCAACACUUUCUUCAUAAAAACCUCAGUAACUUAGAAUCUCAUUCUGAAGUAAAUAAUGGUGAUGCCUUUGGAAGCUCUUCUGUUGCUUUUGGUAGCAGGGACUGUAUUGGUUCCAGCUAUUUGAGUGUAGAGAAGAUUUCAACAGAAUAUUCUGACCUGUCCCGAUUUCCUAUAACCAAAAAGUUCUGUGAAAACACCCAAGCAUUAUCAUGUGUUGUACCCAAAUCAAUGGAAACUCUGCCUGAAUUAAAUUGUAAAACUUCAGAUGACUUUAUUGAAAUGCAGAUCUGUUCUGAUACCAGAAUUUCCAACAAAAAGGAUUGCAAAUCAGACUUUUCUACUGACAACUGUGGAUUUUUUAGCACAGCAAGUGGUAAGCCUGUUCAGUUGUCUAAAGAAUCACGAAAGAAAGCAAGCCUACUUUUUUCUGAAAUUGAAUCUGAUUUAUCUGGUUAUCAGAAUUUUGAUCCAGAUUGCAAUUAUGAUAACACAAUGAAUUCUGUCAGAAAAAAAGAAUUUCCCAGAGAAAAUAGAUUACAUAUAUCCCAAAGGGGAAAAAAUCCAAAUAUGGAAGAAUAUUCAGGCAUUCCAUGUGAUUUUAAUACAGCAUGUGGGAAACAGGUCCAGAUUUCUCAGAAGGCUCUCCAAAAUGCUAUGGGACUUUUAAAAGAAUUUGAUGAUAUCAGUGCAAGUAAUUUCUUUGUUGAUGAAAGUUUAAAGCAAACUCAUAAUUCUUCAAUAAAAACUCCCAUUACAAAAAUUAAACAGGAGCAUGAAACUAAUUCAUCAUCUAAACCGAAGGAGAAAUGUAAAACCAGAGAGAAUCUGAAUGAGAAAGAAACUUCUAAAUCUUUGCUAAAUAUUGAAAUACCUAUGUACAUCAUUUCUACUGAGAAAUCCAAGCAACUAGCAAAAUCCAAAAGAAGCUUUUCAUGUUCAAAAGAAGUAACUCAACCUUUGAAGAUAACACAACCAUGCCAAAGCAGAAUCAAUACUAAACAUGCAACAGAAGAGAAUCCAAAUUGUUUUUGUCCUGCUUCUUCCCAAACUCCAGAUAAUUACUCAGAUGUAGAAGCUUCAGAAAGUGCAAAAGCUUUCAUAGAAGAUGACAAUUUCACAGAUUCAGAAGUACAAAGAAAUAUUCAAAAAUCUAUCUUGACAGCUAAUAAUUCUCCGUUGCGUACAAGAAGUGGGAAAAGACACCUGAAAAAAGAAAACACAUUUGGACAACCUCCCCUUAAAAGAAAGCUGCUGCCUGAAUUUGAUCAAUCCGAAAAAUCCAGAAGAUCAUCUUUCAAAUCUUCAAGAAGUUCUCCAUAUGGUGUAAUAAAUGACAGAAAAAAAAUAUCUAACAAGAUCUCUUUAAAACCAGCCAUCUGUGGCUCAUUUAGUUUUGCAAAUGAACGACAAGAAAUACUGAAUCCAAAUUUUAGUAUUCCACAACAAGUUAUGAAAGGAUCUAAAUCUGGUGGUUUUUCAGAGCGGUCUUCAGUUAGGUCAUUGGCUCAGUUUGGAAUGAUCUUAAGUGAGGAAAACAAAACACCCAAUCAUUAUUCAGGGAAAAAACCUACCAAGAUCUUUGUGCCUCCUUUUAAAAUAAAAUCAAGAACUUCAGAAGGUGAAAUAAGCAAUGUCAAAGACCAUCCCUCAUUCAGUUGCAAAAGUAUCAACAGAAUGCAAGAAUACAACACAAAAGAAAUUAAAACCUUCAUUGAAUCAGAAAAAGAUAAUUGUGCACGAACAUCAGCUUUGGAUUCAGGAUGUAGUAAAAUUGUUCAAGACAUAACAAAAAUGACAACAUAUCUUCAGUAUGCCAGAAAUCUACAACAAAUUAGAAUUACAAAGAAACAAGAUCAAAUAAUUCAUCCACAACCAGGCAGCCUGUUCCUUGUAAAAAGGUCUUCUGGUCUUUGCAGAAUUCCCUUAAAAGCUGCAGUCAAAGAGAAAUUGCCUGAAUUUUAUUCCAAUGAACAGUUGUAUGCUUUUGGUAUUUCCAAGCAAUGCAUAAAAAUUAAUAGCACAAAUGCAGAAGAUUUUCAAUUUCUCAUCCAGGAUUUUUUCAGUAAAAAAUAUUUUCUAGAAGACCAUGGAAUACAGUUGGCUGAUGGAGGAUAUAUUAUUCCUAAUGAUGAGGGAAAGGCCGGAAAAGAAGAAUUCUUUUGGGCUUUAUGUGACACGCCUGGUGUAGAUCCCAAUCUAACUUCCAAAGCCUGGGUGUAUAACCAUUAUAAGUGGAUUGUAUGGAAACUGGCAGCUAUGGAGGUUGCAUUUCCACAAUCUUUUGCCAGUAAAUGUUUGACACCAGAAGGAGUAUUACUUCAGCUAAAGUACAGGUAUGAUAUAGAAGUGGAUAAAAGUCAACGAUCAGCCAUCAAAAGAAUAACAGAAAGAGAUGAUGUUGCUGGAAAAACAAUCAUACUGUGCAUCUCUAAAAUUAUAUCAUUUAGCACAAACAUGCCUCAAACUGCUGACAGUAAAAGCAUCACUGAGGACAAUAAAAAAGAAGUGGCAAUCAUUGAAGUUACAGAUGGUUGGUAUGGAAUUAGGGCAGUCUUGGAUCCUCCUCUUCAGUCACUAUUAUCUAGGCAGAAGCUUACAGUUGGCCAGAAAAUUGUUGUACACGGAGCAGAACUUGUGGGAUCUCAGGAUGCAAGCACUCCUUUAGAAGCACCAGAAUCUCUGAUGUUAAAGAUUACAGCUAACAGUACUCGACGUGCUCGAUGGUAUGCCAAAUUAGGAUAUUAUCGUGAUCCUCGGCCAUUCUCUUUGCCUUUAUCCUCAUUGUUUAGUGAUGGUGGGACUGUUGGUUGCAUUGAUGUCAUUAUUCAAAGGAUUUAUCCUAUACAGUGGAUGGAAAAACCACCAACUGGGUGCUGUGUGUUUCGUAACAAUCGAGCAGAACAAAGAGAAGCUGCAAAAUUUGCUGAAAAUCGACAGAAAACGUUAGAAAUAUUGUUGGCAAAAAUACAAGCAAAAUUUGAAAAGAGUGAUGAUAAAGGAAAAAAAAUACUGCGAUCCCAUGCUCUAACAAGGCAACAGAUACGUGGUCUACAAGAUGGUGCAGAGCUUUACGAAGCAAUUAUUAAUUCUGCUGAUCCAUCUUACAUGGAGGGUUUUUUCAAUGAAGAGCAAUUAAAAGCCUUAAAUAGUCAUAGACAGAUGGUCAAUGAUAAAAGGACAGCUCAGAUAGAGGCAGAAUUCAGGAAAGCUGUGGAAUCUGCUGAGCAAGAGAAAAACAGCUCCUGCAGAAGGGAUGUAUCCAACAUAAUCAAGCUACGAAUUGUAAAUUAUGGGACAAAAGAAAACUCAAAAGAAGUUAUACUGAACAUCUGGCGUCCACCCUCACAUGUUUGUAGCCUCUUAAAGGAAGGAGGACGAUAUAGAAUUUUUCAGUUAUCUGCAUCUCACUCCAAAGGCAAGCUGAAAACCAACAAUAUACAGUUAACAGCUACCAAGAAAACCCAGUAUCUACAACUGCCAGUUUCUCAAGAAAGUCUAUUACAAGUUUACAGACCAAGGGAAUGUCUGGUAUAUGGUAAACUAAUGGACCCCUCCUUCCAACCAGCUUGCUCUGAAGUGGAUUUGGUGGGAUAUAUAGUUUGCUUGACAAAAAGAGCAGGUUUUUCUACAUUGGUAUAUUUGUCAGAUGAACAUCAUAAUAUAAUAGCAAUCCAGAUUUGUACAGAUCUCAAGCAGCUUGCUAUUGAAGAUAUAAUCAUUCCAUCUGUAUUGAUCUCUGCAACCAAUCUUCAGUGGCGACCUGAGUUCAAAUCAGAUAUUCCCACCCUAUUUGCUGGAGAGCUUUCUGCAUUUUCUUCAAACCCAAAAGAAAACCAUCUCCAAGAAAUAUUCAAAGAAUUUAAAAAUACCAUUGAGAACGAUGGCUGCUUUAGCAAAGAUGCACAAUACAAAGUCAUUAAUUUGCUAAAAUCAGAUCCCUUGCAGUUACGUAAUUUAUCUAAAAUAUGUGGCUUGGAUCUUCCCUGGAAAUCUGAUGCAGGAAAUAAACAAGCAAUUACAGUUCCCAACAGUGAACUAAGACAUCAAAGUCCUUUGACCAUUGGAAAGUCAGACAUAAGACCAUCCUUUUUUCUUGGAUCUGCAAAAGUGACACCAGGUUUUCAAGAAACUCCAAAGAACUGUAAGAAACGAAAGGCAAUGGAUCUGCUCAGUCAAGUCCCUUCCCCUCCGUCCGUGAAGCCAAUCUGUGCAUUUAUUUCACCAUCUCUAAAAAAAGCAUUUCAGCCCCCUCGAAGCACUGGUGCCCAGAGCAAAAUAAUUAAAAAAACUGAAAGUAAGAAUAACAAACACCUGCUGCUAAAGUUAAAUGGGACUGAUUUUGCUCCUGAAAGCAAUUUUGUUGCUGAUGAGGAACUUGCAAUGAUAAAUACCCAAGCCCUUUUAAAUAAUUUUUCAGAAGAGCAAGGAAUUAUAUCUAUGGGUGACAUCACACGUGUGAUAUCCAGCACAUGAUGCAGUUUUUUUUACAGGCUGAUUACUCUGUCCAGCCUAGUAAUAAUAAAAAUGCAUCAGGGUAAUGCCAAAGAAAAUUAAUUCCUACAAAGGAAAACAGAACUAACAGUUCAUUAUUGUGUAGGAAAUGUUACAGAGGCAAAUAGAGGUUAACAUAGUUUGUAUUUAAUGUGUGAAUUGUCUUUUAAAACUCUGAACAUUGUAAAUAUUUGCUUAGAUUUGUUUAUUACACAUUUUAACUCAAAACAAGCAUUUUAAGACACUUCAGUAAGAAUAACUUGCAAAUUCCUGAUAUGUAAGCCACAGGUACAUUCUCAGAAGUUACGAGUUUCAAAUUUUUAUUUCAAAUUUAAAGUUUUCCAAAUAUUCAAUGCAUCUUAUAUUCAAAGUUAACUUUUGAACAAGGCUUAAUAGAAGAAUACAUAAAAGGGUUGCACAAAAGGAUUUUUCUUAUUUUCCUUUCCUAAAGAUGUUCUAUAAGUGGCUAUUCUAAAGUGUUAUAUGAAUCAGAAGUUGUUAAAGGGACUAGUGCCCAAAAUUUUAUGAACAGGCCUGUGUUGUUUUAUCAAAUUUGAAUAUUAAAAUAGGAUCAAAUUAUCUUUUCCGUAAAGAGGAAG